AUGGCGGAAGAAGCGCAGACAGUCAACCUCAAGAUCCUUUCACCCUCGUCUGACUUUGAGGGUGGUGUGAACCUCGCAGACGUCCCCGCUUCCACCACGGUCAAAGAGCUCCGGAGCCGCAUACAGGAUGCCGCGCCCUCGAAGCCUGCCCCAGAUCGCAUGCGCCUCAUCUAUCGCGGCAGAGUAGUGGCCAAUGAUGCCGAUACACUGAGCAACGUGUUUGGCGUUGACAAUCUACGUGAGAACAAUGACCAGAGCCUCCACUUGGUACUGCGGGAGCUCCCGACUACUGGGAACCCUUCAACGUCACCCACGCCACGAUCCGCGACUGUCCCGAACCCUUUCCGCCCUGCGCAAGCCCCGGCUGUACCCGCAAACCCUCUGCAGACGAACCCAUUCCGCGCGCUGCCACAGGCUCGACCGCACUCGCUCCCACCACUACCACCGCACCACCAUCAUAUCCCGGGCCAAGCAAACGCGGUUCCCAUUCCUCUCCCUCUUCCCCCACAGCUGCAACAACAGUUCACGCAGGCCAUGGCGCAACAGGGACAGCAGAAUGACGAGCAGACCCCAGACUCGACAUCUCAGCAGCCAGGACCAGACGCACAGAGACCCGCGGAUGCCGCUCAAGGACUGCCCAAUCUCCCUGGAACUGGCGACCAACCAUUACGACGCGAAGGCGUGGGUCCCAACGGGGCGCGAUGGACAGUGACAUACAACCAGGUCAAUAUACCUGCGCAGAUUCGACAGCCCGUUCCUGCAUUCGGUCUUGCUCCACCGCUAGCGUUUGGUCGUCCACCCGUCCCGCCAGGCGUUAUUCCCUCAAUGGGUCACGACAGUACCCAGCGCUUGUUGCCACGCAUCCAGACAAUCUUCCAGGAAGCACAACGCGAGAUGGAAAACGUGCGAACCUUGCUGCAGCCUGCGCGUCCAUCAGAGACACAGACUGAUCGACUUUCGCUUUCAAAUACCUCUCCUCUGAACCUACCAGUUUGGCGAAUUGACCACAUCCGUCAACACCUGAACACCAUCAACCAGAACUUGAACGUUGUCGAGCGGGCCCUCGCCCUUCUCCCUACAGAACCCGAAGUGGUAGCGCUGAGACGUUCAGUAACUGAGAUUAGGGUGGACGCACUAGAAUUGAACAUCAUACUCGAUCGGCAACAAGGCGGAAGCCCCAGUCGAUCAAGCAUGUCCACAGCCAUCAACACUCCGAUUCUCGGAUCUUCUUCUAGCACAAUACCAGGUGCUCCGAUAAUGACUCCAGCUGUGCCUACUACCUCUCAACCACAGGCACAGAACACUACUCAGGCAAUGCCUACAGAUGCGCCAACGGAAUUGUUUCUCUUAUCAAGCCCUCAGGGCCCGGUUUGCGUUCUCUUCGAUCAGCAAGGCACAUACACCACUGCCCCCAUGGUUUCGACACUUCCAUUCCAGAGUUUUACAAAUCAGUUUGCUCAGAACAGACAGCUCCUCAAUGGACUUGGACAGCAGAUAGCACAGGGAAAUCCGCCCCCUAACCUUGAGCUGCACAGGCAGCUAGCCAACAUGAGCCAGACCCAACGUCGGGACUGGAUCCAGAAUCAAAACCAAAUCCAAAACCAGAAUCAAAAUCAAAAUCAGAAUCAAGAUCAGAAUCAGAACCAAAACCAGAAUCAAAACGCGAACGUAAACGCAAACCAACCAGAAGAGAACGAUCGUAUGGUCAACGUCGCUGGGCAUAUGUGGCUGAUCUUCAAGCUGGCAGCAUUCGUUUACUUCUUCUCAGGAGGUGGUGGCCUCUAUAGGCCUAUCAUGCUUGGUAUCGUCGCAGGUGUGGUUUACCUAGCACAAGCCGGCAUGUUUCAAGAGCAGUUCAACGUUGUUCGUCGUCACUUCGAGGCUCUUCUCCCUGUCGGAGCCUUGGCCGAACGUGUGGCUCAGCCCAACAACCAGCGCCAAACGCAACAUCGAGGUAACCUAUCACCCGAGGAAGCUGCGAGGAGGAUACUGCAGCAGAGGAGAGAUCAGAGAUUUGGAUGGCUCAGGGACAGCAUGCGUACAGUCGAACGCGCUUUUGCGCUGUUUGUUGCCAGCUUGUUUCCUGGUGUCGGAGAGCGGAUGGUCCACGCGCAAGAGGAGAGGGAGAGACUAGAAAGAGUGGCAGCUCGAGAAGAGAGGGAACGCCAGGAGGAAGAGGCGAGAAGAAGGGAAGAAGAGGCCCAAACACAGCGCGAGCAGGGAGAUGAAAAGAAGACCGAGGCCGAUCUCGAGCCACAAGAUGAGUCGAACGCAAGUGUAGGCACCAAGGGCAAGGAGAGGGCAACGACAGAGGAAGAGGCUACUGCUCCGGAAUUUCACAUUGGUCGGCAAAAGGGCGUGAAGAACAAACGAUCGGGCCUAGAGAAGGCGAUAUACCAGGUUGAAGAAGCCAUCAAAAAGAGGAAAUCGGAUGCAGCUACGAGUCAGAGUACGCUGCAGCAACUGCAGCAGCUUCUGAACGAGGCGCAAGGGGACGAAGACUCCAAUCAAAACCCAAACACAUCGCCUGCCUCAGAGGUGCAUCCUCACAUAUCAGCGAGUAAUCUUGUUGGUACUUCAAGCGACGAUCAACUCGCUGUUGAAGAUGUCGAAAACCCACUCCAACUCCUCGCCCGGGCCUCGGAUCUGCGGAUUGCAACACCACAGUCAUACAACCAGAGUACCGCCAGCCCUGAAGACAGAUUCAAUGGUAGCCAGCAGAGCGCUUUUCUCGACGUUCACCACUUUUUUCUGCCGAUGAAAGCACAUCUUGAUCAGGGCUCAGGCCUGGAUCCCAUUGAUGUUGGGCUCGUAACCAAAGACGAAGCUGAGAUGCUUCUACAGUACUUCCACAAAAAGCUAGCACACACACGCUGGGGCCUCGACCCAUUUCUAGCCGAGCAAGUCAUUACCCGAAAGUACAGAUCUGUUGAAAUCGUGCUAGCUUUCAUGUACUGCGACAAGUGGCACGACCAUCGAUGGGGCGAUGCUCAGGAUGGCCCGCUUGUAUCCAUGGCAGUCCUCCGCCGCGAUCUUGACGACCUUUUUGCUGAGGUGCGUACGCGCUGUGAUAACUAUCGUCUUGCCGAAAUAGGGACAAAGGUCGCCCAAGAAAUCGACGGGUCUAUCGAGAGCUUCUUCGACAGCUGGUCUCGCGCCUGGCCCUCUGUAAUCGCUGAUCCGGAGAGCAAAACACUACCUCCAUAUGUCGAAAUCCUUGUUACACACACGCGGCUUUCAACCUACUCAAUGCUCCUCAACCACCCUAGCGCACCUCCAGAGGUCAAACGUUCUUUCCGAAAGUCUGCACUAUCCUCGGCACUCAACGUUAUGCGUGCGGCGAUCCAAGGCGAGUCACGUCUCAAAUCGAUGCCGAACAACACCGUUACGAUGAUUUGCUUCGCUGCAAGUAUAGCGCUCGCUUUGAGUGCACCCGUGCCGGAGGCCGGCGGAAAGCAGAAGAGCCUUGCUCCAAGCGUCCGACAUCUUAUUGAAGAUACCGCAACAGUUCUUGAGCGUAUAGGCAGCACACCCAUCCACCGGAACGGGGCUUCGGUCGUCUACGGCCGCUUCUUACGCGUUCUCGUUAAGCAGGCGCCGGAGAUUGAGAGGCUACCACAAUUGCCAGUCCACGAUCCUGCACCACCGUCGAUGGCCAUACCAGAUCUUCUAUCGCCGUCAUACAAGGUGAAUGAUGCGAUGCCUGAAAACCAUACGAUGGGGCCAGAUCCUAUAUCCAGCUACUGGCCGGAUACACUAGACUUCUCAGCCAUGUCGUACAACGAAGUGAACGAGACUGUGACGAACUCGGAUCUGUUCUCCACAGCGUUAUUGGAUCUUCCGUGGAACGAUAGCAACCCAUUGUGGACAGAUUGGAUGAAUCUGCCGGACUUCAACUUCCCGUAA